AUGAAUCAGCAACCCAUGUACGGCGGGCCUCGCCAGGCUACCCCCCUCGCGAACGGCACUCAACCUCGACAGAAUGGCAGGCCGGCGGAGCAGCAAGAGAGCAAUCAGUCCCGUGCUGCGCGCUUUGAAGAUGAGAAGCAGCGCAUUAUCGAGGCGUGCUUCAGCAAACGAGAUCCCGAGGGAAUGCAAUUAGAGUCGUAUAUCACCCAUGUCAGAGUCCUCGAAGACGCCUCGUACCCGUCAUCACCCCCUCCGCCCGACUCUCCUUCGAACAACAAGAAACACCGGGUCAUCCUCGUUGCAGUCCGCCGUUCCGGCAAGGUGAGAGUCCACAAGGCCCGCGAGAACCCCAACGGCUCCUUCUCCAUCGGCAAGACAUGGAACCUCGACGAAUUGACCGCCAUCAUCUCGUAUUCUGCUCUCGUGCCAGCGAAUCCACAGCAGCAGAUGGAGAAGCAGUGGGCGUCCAACACCGGCUUCACCGUCUCCCUAGGCAAGCCAUAUUUCUGGGCUGCAGCGACUGCGAAAGAGAAGGACUUCUUUAUUGCCAGCCUCAUCAAGAUAUAUCGGAAAUACACUGGUGGAAAGGUCCCAGAGCUUAUAGGAUUCGCUCCCCAGGAAGUCCAGCAGCUCGCCGGGGUGCCCCCGAGCCAGAACACUCCUACAACCAAGACUGCGUUCUCUCCUAUCAUCUCAAAUCCAACUCCUCCGCCUGCCACUCAACAACGUUUCUCUCCACCUCCUGUGAUACCCGCGUUCAAUAAUAAUCGACCGCAUUCUCCGUAUACGGCAGCCCAGCCACCUCCGAGCCGAGAUGACCCUCGAGUCGAUCCGCAAGAACAGCAUCGGGCAUUUGGCCGCCAGGAAUUCCGUCCACCCACGAGAGAACAAGGCCGCCCACCGUCGUCUCACGGAGAUGAGCGAGAAAGGGUGGUAGGCCUGCCACCAAGACCAGUUCGAAGAGCCCCUCCUUCCGAAGAAUCGCGCAAUCAGCCUUAUGCCGCUCGUCUGCCCCAAGAUGAUGCUCGGAAGCCAUCGCUGGCAGAUUCCCUACAGCCGGCGCCGCUUCGGCCGUCUGUCAGUCCAAAGGCUUCCCAAUCGUCGCUUGAGCGCGCCAAGCCUUCUCAUGAACCGCAACCUCUAAGACCGAGUGGCCUCGGAGUUACAACGGCUGGCAACCGGGAUUUCUCACCCAAAAGAGCUGGGUCUACACCUGGUCAAGAUUUGCCGCGGGAUGUUGGCCGGAACGAACAGUAUGGCGGCUCGAGGCCGAGCACAGCAACGAGUGAUCGCAGGACCCCGGACCCUCCCCCUAGCCUACCGCCGAGCCUGCCCAGCCAUCCUGCGCCUGGGUCCGAGCUACCUCCGGAGCAGAAGAAGCCAACGGCACCAGCGGCGCGUGCAGACGUGAAGCCUGAACAACCAGGCCCAGUAAGCCAGAGUAACAGUGCGUUUGUAACACCACAGGGGACUCCAGGCGCCAUCAGAGACGAAGAGCAGCAGCGGAAGCCGGAGUACUUUGCAAACGAGAAGGUUGAGGUUCAAGGAAAGCAAUCACAGGCGAAUGCGUCUGUACCACCACCAGUGCCCAUAUAUGCUCAAGUGACCUCGCCAGAACCUGAAGCUCUUCAAGCUGCAAACGGGCCUGCAUCGCCUGAGUCCGUUACUUCUCUAGCACCGCCAAAGGCCGAAGAAGAGUUUCGUCCUGGCCUCGGACCCAUGGUCAAGAAGAAAUCCGGCAAGGACAUCGCCAACCAAUUCAGGAAAGCCGCCCUUGCUGCAGCCGCAUUUCAGCCUCGCCAGGGUGGCGCUGGUGCGCGGUUAAAAGCAAUGCAGGACAAGUUCUCGAAUGAGCCCGACGGAGUCACCAGCGUGGUUCCAGCCCCGCUGAAAAGAGGCAUGAGUGGUGACAGCGCGCGAAGUGGAACUCCUGAUAUAGCAACCCCUGAUAAAGAAAAAGAUCAACCUGCUCCGAAAAUCCUGCCAAAAGACGCCUUGCCGCAAGUACAGAUUGAACGGACAGCUACCUCAGACAGCGUGCCUCGAACGGUGACUCCAGCUGCGAAACCGAUCUUUCCUGAAGCUGAUGGAGAGAACGAAGAUACAAAGAUUGAAUCUCUUGAGAAACUCCGCUCAUCCUCGCCUCAGAAAAGGCGUCGGCAACGGCUCGAAGCGGAAGUCGAAAAGCACUGUACCGGACUCGGCAUCGAUCCGCGCCUUACCGAUGGGGAGGGAGCAGAUCUUGACGAACUCAUGACGCAACUCGGCUGGGAGGGAAAGCUGGCGGAUGAUGACCACGUUGACAAGUAUGAGACCGACAUCCAGAGGGAGAUAGGGCGCGCUCAAGCCAGUGGCUGGCUAGGACACGUCGAACAACAAGAGGGCAAGGUACUCGAACUUGCUACAGCCUUUGACAAAGCUAUUGCAGAGUGUGAAGAGCUUGACGGGCUCUUGACACUGUAUGCGCAUGAACUUGACACUCUCCACGAAGACAUUGAAUACAUCGAAGCUCAAGGACAAGGCCUGCAAGUUCAGACGGCCAACCAAAAGUUAUUGCAGGCAUCAUUGAGCACUUUAUUGAAGACACUCUCCAUAUCUCCAGCAGAUCUACGAGCUUUGCACUCAGCACCCAUUGACAGCUUUGACGGUGUCGCAGCGAUCGAAAGUGCUCUAGCACUCCUGUACGACGCGAUGCUGACAAUUGACCCGGAACUCGGCCAGAACAAGCUCAAGAGAGCUGCCUCGACUGCCAACCGCCUCGGACUGGGCAAGGAUCCCGAAGCGAGGAUUGACAAAAUGCGCGCCGUGCGCGAGAAGAAGGACGAAUACAAAGAUGGAAGCAUGAUGUUCGUCAACCGCAUCAACCAACACAUGAAGCUGAUGUUCUCGCUGGUCGAACAAAGGACCAGCGAAGAGAAUGCGAGCGCGAGUGUCUCUUCCGGUACCUCGUCCUUCACACUGAACCUGCGGGCGUACAAUGCUUCGAGACAAGAACUCUGGGUCUACAAUGCCAUGAUGCUUUUCGUGCGCGAAGUCAAUCAGUAUGAGUGGCAGGUAUUGAUCAGCAGCUACGAGCGCAACUUCAACAGCAUCUAUCAAGACCAGUUCCGGGACUUUGCAGAGAACCUGAAAAGGACCGUCAGGCAGCCGACGGGUGAGGAGCAAGAGUUGCUGUUCAGUCACCAAGAAAAAGAAAGGCCUGACGAGUCCAAUCUCUCGACUGCAGCCCGCAAGCUUACAGUCAAAGGACGUAAGCCGGUCAAAGCCAGUACACUCAGACAAUCACUCGGUGGGGACAGGAGGGAUGGCAAGCCCGAUGCGUGGGUCAUCUUCGACACAGUGCUCGAACAGCAAGCUCUUGCAAUCUCCGAGGAGCAGAACUUUAUUGUGCACUUCUUUCACUUGGAGUCACAAGCCGCCGAAGACUUUGUCGAAGUGAUCAGGUCUCAGCCUCCAGAGCAGCGCAAACUUCCCAGCCUACAAGCCAAACUCCCCUAUGACCCAGAUCGCAACAUGGCCAAAAUCGUCCAGAAUACCACUGAUGGAAUCUACUCGUUCUGGCCUUCGCUCCUGCAAGGCCUCAUGGAAUGGGUAUUUCGCCUGGAUUCGUUGCAAGGCGUGGGCGUCCUCGUGUCCCUGGAACAGUGUCUGUCCAAGUAUGAAGAAACCAACCAGGAGUUCAUCACGAGGACGGUACGAACUCUCCAUGACCGAAUCAUAGGUCUCUUCCAUAAAUUCGUCGACGAGCAAGUGCGCGCCAUCGAGGAGACGAAAGUCAAGGUCAAGAAACGAAAGGGCUUGAUCAGUUUCAUGCGCGUGUUCCCCGAGUUUGUGGGCGCGGUGGAGGAAAUAAUCCCCCAGCCGCAACAGUCCGAGCACCAGGAUUCGCCGCUGGAGGUGCGGUUCGUCGUCAACGACGCGUACAACAAGAUCCUCAAGGCCAUGUGGGAGUCCCUCAACUUUAUCGCAAAGGAUAAUCCCGCGGCAGAUCCUGGCGGACAGCGGCACUCCAACGCCCCGUCCUCGGGCGACCCAGAGGACAAGGAAGCGCUGAACUACCAUAUCCUGCUCAUUGAGAAUAUGGCCUUCUUUGCGGACACGAUAUCUAGCCACAACAAUGUGGUCCUGGGGGAGUGGGUGGAAAAGGCAGGACGGGACCAACGCUCUCACCUGACGCAGUACACGGACGCGGUGAUACGACGCCCAUUGGGCAAAUGGUUGGAUUUCAUAGAGUCGACCGAAGCGCUCAUGAACAAGGGCGACGGCUCGUCAAACGUGGCCAUCAUCGCCAAAAUGCCCUCCCACUCACGGAGCACGGCGAAGAAGAUCCUCGGCAACCACGACGCAAAGGAGAUCAGAAAGGGCGUGGAGCUGCUCCGGAAGCGGGUGGAGAAGCAUUUCGCCGCCGAUGAUGGGGAAGUAGGGGCCGGCGGCGGGAACAGGAGAGCGCUUGUCGAGAGGGUGUUUGACGAGUGUAGUGUCCGGUAUGCCCACGCGUGGGAUCGCAUGAAGGUCAUCAUCGAGAAGGUGUAUGAUGGGAAUCUGGACAUGGAUUGGCGGAAAGAGGACGUGCAGGCUUUGUUCAAGCGGUGA